AUGCCACCGAUGCAACAGCAGCAGCCACCGUUGCAACAACAUCAGCAGCAAAUGCCACCGAUUCAACAACAGCUGCCGUCACCACCAUUGCAACAGCAUCAGCAGCAACAUUUUCCAACAUUGAUGCAACAACAGAAGUCGCAGCAACCGAUGCUGCAGCAAGUGACGACGAUGCAACAGCAUCAGCUGCCACUGUUGCAACAUCAGCCGUCGAAAUAUUUCAUUGAUAAUCCGAUGACACAAAAUUCCUACCAGGAGGUGCCUCAACAAGCCACAUUGCCAUGGCAGAUGUCGCAACAACAAUUUAACCAUCCGCCGCCUGUGCUCCAAAAUGCAAACUUUUACAAUAACUUGCCGUUGCAGCAGAGUCAGCAACCAGAAAAGCAGCCUCUCAAGCAGCCUGCUUUCAAGCGGCAAUACAAUGGAAGCAAGCAGCCUCCGACCCCAAAGGAGGCCUCAAAAGAGGAAAGCUAUCAAGAUUCCGAUUAUUUCGAUACUUCCGAUUAUCCAGAAAAUAACUGCUAUGGUAUACAAUUAAAAAAUAAUAAAGUGCUCGGUUUAAUGAAAGAUGAAUGCAACGGAAAAAUUUUCACCGAGUUUAUCGGCUUGAGAUCAAAAUUAUAUUCAUAUAAAAUAUUAAACGAAAAUCGUGAGAAAAAAAAGCUAAAGGCGUCAGGUCUUCAGCUUUAA